AUGAGGUUGGCGGUGGUUGGAUGCUUGAUGGGGUGUGUGUUGGGUCAGGAUAGUGUGAUCAAUGAGUACAUAAGUUCCAUGCCGUUUCCGGUGGAUAUUGUGACCCCCAAGUACUCGUUCAUUGGUUACGAAAAGUACGCCGCGUCGUAUUGUGAUAUCGAGACCAUGGAGUUGCUGAGCAACAUCGUUUUGAUCAAUGACGGCGUACCUGCGAUGGACCCGGCUGCUGCCAAGGCCGAGAAGGCGUCUCAGAUGGACGCCUUCUUGGCUGCAGUUCCUCAUUACCGAAAAUUUCAUGAGUCCGGUGCUUCCUUCCGGCAGGCCCUGGACUUCACACAGAGGCUUUUAAGACACACUGACGCACUUAACCAAGAAGCAACAAUGCUCCGAAGAACCAACAGCUCAAACGAUAAUGACUCAAGCAUCAAGGGUGAUAGCGCUCAGACGACGGCGAGUCGUCGAAUGAGCAUGAACUAUGUGCCAGUGCUCCUUCCAGAAGACGUCUACUCGCCAGAGGAGAAGUUACGCGCACUUAUCGCAACGCACUUCUCGGUACAAGCCGGUGGUCAGAAGCUCGGCACGCUCGUGAAGCUGCACAGCGAAAUGCCUGAGGGACACGAAAACGAUGUCGUGAUGGCCGCUAUACACAGGCUACGUUCCCGCAAGACAGGGGGGAAUAGUGAGCAGCAGAAUAGUGAGCAGCAGAAUAGUGAGCAGCAGAAUAGUGAGCAGCAGCGUGAGCAGCAGAAUAGUGAGCAGGAGCGUGAGCAGCAGCGUGAGCAGCAGCGUGAGCAGACGGCGAUGGAGUCCAUUGCGGGGUACCUACGGGAGCUUUGGAAGAGUUCCAAGCAGGGCCUUAAUCAAGAGAAGGCCUUGGAUGAGUUGUUUAAUAAAUUAGUUGAAGACGACAGGAAGGGAGUGGAGAAAAAGGGAGAAGCCAUGGACGGUGACCAGAAUCCGUGGGGCUUACCUGAAGGAACGCUGUCAUUUUUUAUGAGCAAUGCCUUUGGUGAGAUGUUCUCGGCGCUCUUUCAAGAUGUGGGUGAGUGGAUCGACGGUCUAAACGGUUAUUGGUGGACAGACGGCGGUAAGGUGGGUCUGGCCGAGGGUCUGUGUCGAGGUAUCCAAGCCGGUCUACAAGUGGACGGAGGCAUGAGUCCGUGGACUUCAUGUGCCUUGCCAUCAGCCUUCUUUGCGUAUAUUGUGUGUGGCAACACACAGUUGCAGAUUGACUGUACGAACUACAAGUUUGCGGAUCCGUCAUUAGACUUGUGCGAUAUGUUCGAGGCUCAGGAGGUGUACGACUUGUCGUUGAUUCCUAUGGAGGAGGGGGUUGAUGCCACGGUGAACCACUUCAGCGACGCGGGUUACGAGAAAGAUGGCCGGUCGAUGUGGCUGAUGCAAUCGAGUAUUGCAAAGCAGGCCAUGAGUACGACACAGCGUCAGUGCAUGAUCGCAGCGGACGACCCGGACUUUUUAUUGGAUCUCUUGCCAGGUUGGGACAUUGUGCAUGAGACGUGGUUGAACGAGGAGACAAGUUACAUGACGCAGUUCACAACGAACAAAUACGUGCCUUACAGCACGAUUGCGAAGAAGAGGACGACGGCAACCGACGGCACCUGCGAGUUCAUGAUGAUUUCUCGUGGCACCAUCAACGGAUGGGAAUGGUGGGUCGACUUCAAGUUCGAGAUGAAGCCAAUUCCGUACUCCACUGAUCCCGAGGCGCUGGCACAUAGUGGGUACCUUAAUCUCGCAACCCCCAUUGUUGAGGCCAACAGCAACUACAUGAUGCGACACCACUUCGACGUGCCCGCAGACACCGUGGCCGGAGAAGACUUAUAUAACCAGUACAGCUACUGCGACCCAAAUAAGACGAGCAUUUGGUUCGUAGGACAUUCACUAGGUGGCGGGAUGAGCAACCUACAGUCGCUCAUUUGGGGGCUGCGUUGGAAAACGGCGUUUCCGCAGAUGCAGCUGUACAAUUUUGCCGCCGCCAGCUUCGCUAUUUACAACGAAAACACGCGUGCGAUGCAUUCGAAGCUGGUAAAUAGUCGGAACGUUCGUUACGAACGAGACUUCGUGCCCGGGAUUAUGUGCCAGAACACGGGCGCUACACGUUGCGCUCCGAACCCUUUCGCUUCAGGGCUUCACGGUGCUGGACUUGAGCAACCGACGUCGCUCCUGUCCGGGGCGGUCAUCCUGCGCAGCAAGGAAGACUUCGUCGACUAUGACCCUGAUAAUCAAUGGUGGUUCGGCGACGACCACUUCUUCAUGGUCCCCGGCCUCCUUCAGAUGACCACAAUCCUCUCCUUCAUUAACAUGCCCAUGAUACUACAGCCUGCCGCCUGCCACCUGUGCAGCUACCGAUGCUACUUCUCCUCCCACUUCUGCACCAAGGACGUCACCAACCAGACCGAGUGCUUCCGUGGACCGGUCAACUACGACAAUGAAGCGAAUUGCGUCAAUCAACAACUCACCAUACCCGACGUCAAGUCCAAGAACGACGGACCCAACUACCUUGGCAGCCUCAACUGUACCUUCAACGAGCAGGCCUUUGCUGUUAAGCAGCCCUGUUGGUACCUCUCGCCCGGCAUAAGACUCAAUGCCGUUCAAGACCUUAUUAACUGA